ACAAGACAGUUGUUGUGAAUGUCCUUCCCUCCAUGCAUUGUCCUCGCCCACACAUUUUUCGGUCCACGGGAGUUUGAGACUUUUUUUUCCGCCCAGCGUCUCGACGAUGUUUACCGAAGCAGAAAACAACAGAAAAAGAGUAAGAGCGCUGGUGGACAAACCCGGAAAUGGAAAGUGCGCCGACUGCGGGGCUCCAGAUCCAGAGUGGGCGUCAUAUACUUUGGGUGUGUUUGUGUGCCACAGCUGCUCAGGCCUCCAUAGAAACAUUGCUCAGAUGAGUAAAGUGAAAUCUCUCCUGCUGGAUCCAUGGACGAGCUCUCAACUGGAGUUCAUGGACUCUGUGGGAAACGACGCCGCCAAGACCAAAUAUGAGCACACAGUACCCGCCUUCUACUACCAGCCCACUUACAAAGAUUGUGCGCUCCUGCGGGAGCAAUGGAUUCGGGCUAAAUACGAGAGGAAGGAAUUCAUGCCAGGGGGGAAGCAGGAGCCAUACUCUGCAGGCUACCGGGAGGGGUUUCUAUGGAAACGAGGAAGAGACAACGGACAAUACCUCAGCCGAAAAUUUAUUCUGUCGGAAUCGGAGGGUGUUUUGAAGUAUUUCAACAAGCAGGACGCCAGAGAGCCGAAAGCUGUAAUAAACAUCAGUACGGUGAACGCCACCUUCCAGCCGGCUAAAAUAGGCACAGCUCACGGCCUGCAGGUGACCUACUUGAAGGACAACAGCAAUCGGAAUAUCUUUGUUUACCACGAGGAUGGCAAGGAAAUGGUGGACUGGUUCAACGCCAUCAGAGCAGCCAGGUUUCAUUACCUGCAGGUGGCCUUCCCAGGUGCUCCCACGCCUGAGUUAUUGCCCAAGAUAACCAGGAACUACACAAAGGAAGGAUAUAUGGAGAAGACCGGGCCAAAGUACACUGAAGGCUUUAAGAAGAGAUGGUUCACAAUGGACGACAGGAGGCUCAUGUACUUCAAAGAUCCGCUGGACGCCUAUGCGCGAGGCCAAGUGUUCAUCGGCAGUAAGGAAAACAGCUACGGUGUCCUACCCGGGCUCCCUUCGGGCAUUCAGAGCUACCACUGGCAGUUCGGAAUCACCAUAGUGACGCCGGACAGGAAGUUUCUUUUGGCAUGCGAGAACGGACAGGAUCAGACGGACUGGAUCGCUGCCUUGCAGACUGUCAUCAACAGACCCAUGCUACCUCAAGAGUAUGCAGUAGAGGCCUAUUUUAAGCACAAACCAUGAGCAAACCAGAACGUGUGCAGGACUUGGAACACAAACAACAUACGUGACCGUGGAACUAUGGGCAAGCAGUAUUUUAUGUUAAUGAUUUAACAAAGGAAGCCACACAAGUCAUGUUACAUUUUUACGAACAAAAUGCCACUAGAACAGGGGUCGGCAACCCAAAAUGUUGAAAGAGCCAUAUUGGACCUAAAAUACAAAAACAAAUCUGUCUGGAGCCGCAAAAAAUUAAAAGCCAUACGACAUACAAAUAGGGUGUCAUGAGAUAUACAUUGAAAUAAGGGGACAAAAAGGAAAUUAAAUGAGCUCAAAUAUAGCUACAAAUGAGGCGUAAUAAUGCAAUAUGUACAUACAGCUAGCCUAAAUUGCAUGUUAGCAUCGAUUAGCUUGCAGUCAUGCAGUGACCAAAUAUGUCUGAUUAGCACUCCACACAAGUCAAUAACAUCAACAAAAACGCACAACGUUAAAACUUUGGUGGACAAAAUGAGACAGAAAAAGAAGUGGCAUAAAACACGUCCUAGAAAGUCGGAGAAAGUUGUACAUGUAAACAAACCGCGGUGAGUUCAAGGACUGUCAAAAUUAGUAGGACAAAACAGCGCUCGCCAAAUACUCGAAUCAGUGAAGCAUGUUUAAUAUAAACAGUGUGCUUUAUAACAAUAAAGAGGUUUUUGUCAUGUUUGUCCUCCUACAGAAACCAUAAUAAAACAAAAAAAUAUAUUUUUUCCCCUAAUGUUUUUUCCAUUUUUCAUACAUUUUUGAAAAAGCUCCAGUGAGCCACUAGGGCGGCGCUAAAGAUGCGGCUCUAGAGCUGCAGGUUGCCGACCCCCGCACUAGAAUUAUCAACAAUGUACACUUUGUGGGGCGGUAUGGCUCGUUUGGUAGAGCGGCCAUGCCAGCAGCUUGAGGGUUGCAGGUUCGAUCCCCGCUUCCGCCAUCCUAGUUACUGCCGUUGUGUCCUUGGGCAAGACACUUUACCCACCCGCUCCCAGUGCCACCCACACUGGUUUAAAUGUAAAAAUUAAAUAUUGGGUUUCACUAUGUAAAACGCUUUGAGUCACUCGAGAAAAAACGCUAUAUACCAUAUUUUUCGGAUUAAUAAGUCGCUCGGAGUAUACAUCGCACCUGGCGAAAAUGCAUGAAAAAGAAGGAAAAAAAACAUAUAUACGUCGCACUGGAGUAUAAGUCGCAUUUUUGGGGGAAAUUUAUUUGAUAAAAUCCAACACCAAGAAUAGACAUUUGAAAGGCAAUUAAAAAUAAAUAAAGAAUAGUGAACAACACGCUGAAUAAGUGUACGUUAUAUGAGGCAUAAAUAACCAACUGAGAAGGUGCCUGGUAUGUUAACGUAACAUAUUAUGGUAAGAGUCAUUCAAAUAACUAUAACAUAUAGAAAAUGCUAUACGUUUACCAAACAAUCUGUCACUCUUAUUCAAUAAAUCCCAUGAAUUAUUCUUCCUCGAUGUCGCUUCUAAACAACUCUGCCAACUCCAAAGGUAUGAGCCGCUUCCUCUUGUCGUUUUCUGCUGCAUAUUUCACUACAUCUAGCUUGUAAUCUGCAGUACAUGAUUUCCUUUUCGGUGCCAUUUUUGUUCAGCCCUUCUCAGUUUUUAUAAGUUACCGCCAACGAUGAAAUGAUGAAUUUUAAUAGCUACGGCAGUAGCAUAUAGCAUAUAGCAGUUAGCAUUCCAUGACCCACAAUACACUUCUGCCAUGACCCCCCCCCCCGCCAAAUUCUUAUCGGUUGACGUGUAUGUGACGAUUGCUGACAUUUUCUUCGUCUCUUCCGCGAAUGAGAAAAAUAAUAUUAUUUGAUAUUUUACGGUAAUGUGUUAAUAAUUUCACACAUAAGUCGCUCCGAAGUAUAAAUCGCACCCCCGGCCAAACUAUGAAAAAAACUGCGACUUAUAGUACGAAAAAUACGGUAAAUAUAAUUCACUUCUGUCAUGCCUUGUGAUCAUGUUUUGUUUAGUUAUUUUCUGUUUUACUUAAGACUCCUUUGUUUUCUGUUUUUGGCACUUCCUUGUUUGUUUUGUUACCAUAGCAACUCAUUAGUUUUCUCCCCUGUCCUCAUGUCUCACACCUGUUUGCACUAAUUACCUGUAUUAUUUAAACCUGUAGUUGCCAGGUGGUCAGCCUGGCGACUUUACCUCAACUUCCUUCAUGCCAUGCCUGUUUUAUCAUUCUGUCCAUGCAACCUAAGUUUUUUUAUGUCACAGUUAUUGGGUUUUGGUUUUGUAUUGUCCAUAGUCAUGCCAUAUUGCUAGUUUUUGUUUCAUAGCCAAGUUUUGUACUUCCGCCCUCGUGCGCGCCUUUUGUUUGCUUCGUUUGUUUGUAGUUUGUUAGUAAAAGAAAUAAAUAUGUACCUUCA